AUGGAGAGCGCUGACCAAAAUACUGACAAGGUUUUCAGGAUCGGACGGUGCAACAAGGACAGAGACCGACUGAUAAAGGUGAUAUUCACGAGCAAGAGAACAAAAGAGGACUUGUUAGCAAGGAAGAGUGGACUAGCAAACGUACUGAAGUUCAAAAAAAUAAUUCCUGCAGAGGGAUAUGACAAGGGACGAGAGAACGAGGGCAACAGCCGUGGGUAUGACGGCCCCCCUGGUGGGUAUGACGGCCCCCCUGGUGGAUAUGACGGCCCCCCUGGUGGGUAUGACGGCCCCCCUGGUGGGUAUGACGGCCCCCCUGGUGGGUAUGACGGCCCCCCUGGUGGGUAUGACGGCCCCCCUGGUGGGUAUGACGGCCCCCCAGGUGGGUAUGACGGCCCCCCUGGUGGGUAUGACGGCCCCCCAGGUGGGUAUGACGGCCCCCCAGGUGGAUAUGACGGCCCCCCUGGUGGGUAUGACGGCCCCCCUGGUGGGUAUGACGGCCCCCCUGGUGGGUAUGACGGCCCCCCUGGUGGGUAUGACGGCCCCCCUGGUAGAUAUGACGGCCCCCCUGGUGGGUAUGACGGCCCCCCUGGUGGGUAUGACGGCCCCCCUGGUGGGUAUGACGGCCCCCCUGGUGGGUAUGACGGCCCCCCUGGUGGGUAUGACGGCCCCCCUGGUGGGUAUGACGGCCCCCCUGGUAGAUAUGACGGCCCCCCUGGUGGGUAUGACGGCCCCCCUGGUAGAUAUGACGGCCCCCCUGGUGGGUAUGACGGCCCCCCUGGUGGGUAUGACGGCCCCCCUGGUGGGUAUGACGGCCCCCCUGGUGGGUAUGACGGCCCCCCUGGUGGGUAUGACGGCCCCCCUGGUGGGUAUGACGGCCCCCCUGGUAGAUAUGACGGCCCCCCUGGUGGGUAUGACGGCCCCCCUGGUAGAUAUGACGGCCCCCCUGGUGGGUAUGACGGCCCCCCUGGUGGGUAUGACGGCCCCCCUGGUGGGUAUGACGGCCCCCCUGGUGGGUAUGACGGCCCCCCUGGUGGGUAUGACGGCCCCCCUGGUGGGUAUGACGGCCCCCCUGGUGGGUAUGACGGCCCCCCUGGUGGGUAUGACGGCCCCCCUGGUGGGUAUGACGGCCCCCCUGGCUCAAGAUCCCCCCAAUCACGUCCCCUGAUCCCCUUCUCACCCAGAUUCGGUAACCUUGACGACCUCCAGCUGCCAUCUGACAACCUGACCAUCUACACCCACAACCCCAACACCGGUCACCACCAAACUGCAACUCCCAAUAUUUUGUCUACCAUAAAAGCCCUUCAAAAUCAUCGGCAGCGACUCAAGAGUGCUCCGAAUCUCAUCCCCGCAGACAUCCGUGUGGACAACAUGUGUGGAAAUCAUGUGUUAACUGCUUUGUAG